AUGGACAAGGCUAAGCGCAAGCCAAAUUUUUCGGAAGGUGAAAAAUAUCGACUUUGCGAGGAAUAUGAGAAUGUAUUUAAUGUAGUGACGGGAAAGUUCAGUGCCAAUAUUUCAAAUAAGAAGAAACAUGAUGCGUGGCAGAAUAUCACCUCCGCCAUGAAUAGGCGAAAUCCGUCGGUUACGAGGUCCGAUGCUGACUAUCUCAAGAAAUGGCAGAAUUUGUGUUCAAAUGCAAAGGAUGAAUACAGGAAAUAUCGUAAAGAGCUAGCUAAAACAGGAGGAGGACCGGCACCAGUUGAACCGUCACUGAUUUCGCAGAAAGUGUUGGCAAUUUUGGGUGAAGAUGACCCAACACUCACAGGGAUAGAAGGUGGCAUUGAAAACACGCCGGCUGUUGUCUCAAAUACUCCCACUACAAGUACAUCUACGGCAAGUGGAAGUAGUAGUUCAAGUACGGAUUCCAUUCGUGAACAGCAAUCGCAAGCAUGCAGUCAACUUCUUACAACGAGAAGGAGUCUUACACCGUCUGCAAUUCCGGAUCCUUGUCCCCCUUUGCCAGACGUGGAAUCAGCUACGAAGAAACAAAAAGCCAGUGUCAAUGAAGAAGCUACAGCCCGAGCAGCCAGCCACGCAGAGCUUUUGGAUCUCGAGAAGACGAGGUCCACAUUAGAAAUCGAAAAGCUUAAAUUGGAGAAAACUAAACUUGUUUUAGAAAUUGAAGUGUUGCAACUUAAGAAGAGAAAGCUUGAACGAGAUGAAGUUGCAUUGUUAAAGAAAAAACCUGCAAGUUUGCAGUCUUUUCUUUCUGAUGUGAAUUGGGCCUACGAAGAGUUCUGGCCGACCCGAACGAAGAAAAGUCAAAUAUUGCUGAAACAACUGAUCUACAUGUACUGCAACAAAGUACUAUUGACUGUGAAUAUAUUCCUUAUUACAGUUCUCGGCGACCUUAACAAAGAAACGUCAAAUCUGCUCUAUGAUCUUAAUAUCUACCUCAAAUUGCCCUACUGUACCCUUGAUUGCACCUGA